CCCCACUCUUGGCCAUGUCCCGGAUGUACCUACAUUUUAGUAGAGGAACAAAAAAUGGGCUCAUUACCAAGCUUCACCAAACCGUUUAAAUUAUCCCCACACACGAUCUUUGCACAUGUAUGAGGACCAGUCCGCACAUUUGAUCCGAGUCUACGUCCGUUGUCGCCGUGCCUGUAACGUGAUUCAUGAUAUUGAAGAGGAUUUUACAGCUAGAACGGCUUGGUUCGAGAGUAUAACAGCGGCCUCUAGAAGUAAAAUGAAAACUAUCACUGUGAAGUUGGAGGUGAGCUUUGUGGGCCGAGUGUGUUGACACUGAUUUGAGCUUCACACUGCUGACAGGGCCUUCCGCCUCACACCGUCACCCCUGUAGCGAAGAGUGAUGACCUCACAGCAGCAUGGGAACGCCAACCCUGCCCUACUCUCUCCACAGAACUCUUCAUCCAGUCAGGGCAGGCAACACAUUCCACGUUCCCCAAUAGACUCGCAUUCUCGAUCCGGGGUCUCCUCUUCUCGGAGAGGCUGGGUUGCGGCGUCCUCAUCCACAACACCUCACGGUAACUCCCUCGCACUCUCUCUAAGCCGACUGGCUCCGUCAUCGAGUAAUUCCGGCUCCUCUAGGAGAACUACUGGCCGGGUCGAGCCGUGGCCGGAAGAGGCCGUGGACGAUGCGUAUGGGCUUUAUUCGCUUCACCGCAUGUUUGAUAUUGUGGGUGCGCAGCUGACACAUCGCGAUGUGCGAGUGCUGUCCUUCCUUUUUGUGGACGUUAUUGACGAGUACGAGAGAGGAGGGAUACGGAGUGGACGAGAUUUCUUGCUUGCGCUGGAGCGGCAGGGGCGGUGUGAUGAGACAAACUUUCGACAUGUUCUUCAGCUGCUCCGUAUCAUCACUCGCCAUGACCUGCUGCCCUACGUUACACUGCGCAAAAGACAAACAGUAUGCCCAGAUCCAGUAGAUAAAUAUCUAGAGGAGACAUCAGUACGUUACGUUUCUCCGAGAGGAGCAGGAGAGGCCCAGCAGGGCACUCAUCACAGAAGAACAGGACCCCAGCCAUUGAUCUGCUGUCCUCCUUCAGGACACCAGGUAUGCCCACCUCGUGCUAAACCCAUCCCACCUACACCAAGUAGGAAAAGGAAGAGAUCUCACAUGACAGCUGACUGCAGAGAAAAACUGACCUGUGAUAUACGACUGAGAGUGCGUGCAGAGUACUGUCAGCAUGAGUCGGCUCUACAAGGCAACGUCUUCUCCAACAAGCAGGAGGCGCUAGAGAGGCAGUUUGAGCGUUUUAACCAGGCCAAUACCAUCCUCAAAUCCCGUGACCUGGGUUCCAUUAUUUGUGACAUCAAGUUCUCAGAGCUGACCUACCUGGACGCUUUCUGGCGGGACUACAUCAACGGCUCACUUUUGGAAGCCCUGAAGGGCGUUUUCAUCACAGACUCUCUAAAGCAAGCAGUGGGCCACGAGGCCAUUAAGCUCCUGGUGAACGUAGAUGAAGAAGACUACCAGGCUGGCAGGAGGAAGUUGUUAAGGAACCUGGUGGCAGGGGGUGCUGGUGCAGGCAUGGGGAACAGGGAGGUUCCCUUGUCCUAGUGGAGGGAUUGACUCAGUCGAUAAGUGGAAAGAAUUAAGAGGUUCCCUGAUGAGGAGAGAGUGGACACUAAUGAGAAGGUAUUAACUGGGAAAAAAGAAUAGUGAGGAAUGUAAACAAAGGGGAAGUGACUCUUUAAAGAAAGGUGCUGUACAAGAAAAGAGGCCGGGAUUUGCAUCUCCAGCUAACAUGUAUGGAAAGAUAGAAGUUGAAGAGUGGUAUGGAAAGUUGUUAUUUCUAUUUUAUUUUGAGUAUCUCAAGUUGUGGAAAUAAAAUAUGAAGGGGAAAGUAUCGGACAAAGAAGGCAUUUCAUUUCUUUUGUCUGUUUUCUUGCAUAAACAACACUAAUGCUUUUGUUUUUAAGCUUGUGUGAAAUGUUUCCAUCAAGUCUUGUUGCACAACCGUUUGCUCUUUAGUGAAAUUCUCCUGGUUAAACUAAACCUAUUCAUCUCAAAGAUUAACAGAGAGGAUGCAUAAUGUUAGACACAACUGAUUUGCCUCUAAAACACUAUGUGGCACAUUGCUUCAACUCAUCAAGAAAUAAUUCCCACAUCAAUGUUGUUUAAUGAACUAUCCAUGCACAGUUUUUUGUUGAUGUGAGCAUUCUACGGAGUGUUUAGAAAAUCAAAAAUAGCUUCUUAGCACACUGCAAAGUUUUUCCUUCACUAUGGAAUCUUGAGAAAGUACACGUUCUCCGUUUCUGUUUAAUCACUGAAGUUAUUGCACAUUUAUGUUGUCUUAGUAAUUUCACAGGGGGGACUGGCCAACAUCUAAAGAUUUUGGGAGAGGACUUCGUUUUCAAUGUGGCUUAUGAAAUGCUUUGUUGCAAGUUGUGUUUUGAUACAUAUCACUGUAAUUGUUUCUCUUUUCUUUAAGGGAGGAGGGCACUGGCAUAUGUCCACUUUUGUUUGAAUUUGCAACUUUGUGGUCCCUCUUUAUCCAGAAUUUCCCCAAAUGAUUGAUAUUUGGGCACCAUAGGCCUGCACAUAUCCUUGUUUGGACCAAAAUUGAGCUCCGAAAUUCAUCAUUAUUGUUUGUUAUUGGUUGGCAGAUUUAGUUGAAAUUUAUUGGCCUAGAGUUUGGUGCAUCAUUAAUACUGUAAUAUUUAGAUAUAUGCCUAUUUAAAAGUUUAAAUGUAUGUUACGGCAGUAUUUGAUUAAGGCUUUGUAGAAUUUUUGCAAAGGUACAAAUGGGGUAAUUUUGUUAAAUCAGAAAAAGUAUUUGGUAGUUCUGAGAUUUGUUCUAGUAAAAAUGAAGGAUUACAACCAUUAUUACUUGUAAAAAAAAAAAAAAAGAAGAAAGAAAAGAGUGAUCUUGCAGCAAUGCAGAACAAUAGAAGCUAAACCUUUUUUUUUUACCAUUUUUCUGAUGCUCCUUGAUAGCACUUUUAGAUGUGCUUCAUUUAAUGCAGUUUCUACUUAUUUUAAUUUAAGCAAAUGUGUUCUGAGGAACAGCCUCUGCCAGGGAUUCUAUGUUGUAAUAAUCUGCUCUAACCUCUGCCCAACAAGUCUUGAAUGAAACUUCAUGCAGUUUGAAUAAUGUUUAUGUAAUAUCACAAAUUGUGCCAACCUGAUGAGCAACCUAUGUUUUAACAUGACUGAAGUGAGACAAAUGCCUGAGCAACAAACAAUUGCAAGAACAUGUGUAAUUUGGCCGACUUGAGAUCUUUUUUGCUUUUAAAAUACCAAAGUUAUUACUCUCUAUUUUCUCUAUUUAAUUCACUUCCUUUUUUCCCCCAUCUGUUAAGUAUAUGUAACUGUUGAAAAUAGAAAGAAUUAAAAUUUGUGGGGUACAGUGAAAAAGACAUUUAGAGAAGUUAGCUGUGGAUCAAUUAUUGCUACUGCUAUUAUUACAGAAGGAAGAAAAGCAUUUUGUAAUGUUUUCCUAAUGGAACUAAACAAAGUUACAGACUAGUAUCUAUUAUAUAGGUUACAUGUUCUAUUGAUUGUGUUCAAGUGUUUGUCUUUAUAUCUUGCACGUAUAUGACAUUGACCCCCUUAAAUAUCACACAGUGACAAAUAAGCUGUGGCCUGUAGGUCUGAAAUAUCUAGACAUUUCUAACCUUUUUUAUACUUAGAUUUUCAUAGAGAAAGAAAUGGGAUUGCUACUUUUUGGAGAAGUGAGAUGAGUAUUCUCAAAGUGACACAGUAGAACAGAUGAAGACGGAGCACUUUAUUUUUUACUCUCUCAAGUAUUUCACCUAUUGUAACCAUAUAUAGUAAUACAGCAUUCCAAAAUGUAGGAGAUGUUUGGCAUCGUUGACCAUCUGUCGCAUUAUGACUAAGAUUUUUGAAUAAUUUUAUUUUUGUUGACCAUGCCGGUGGUUGUUAAGUGAAAUAUUUACGUGCAAAAUAGACAGCUGGUUCAUUCAAUGUCUGUACAAAUCAAUAAACAAAUAAUUAAAAGUGCAA